CAAGAACUGUGAUGUUCACAUUGUGCCUUGGCACAUUUCUGAGAGGACAGCAGAGGAGCUCUUCUGUGCUGUCUCUCACCUAAGCUUAGGCCAGGUAAGGAUAAACCCUAUCUCCAUAGAAUCACAGAGUAGUAGAAUGGCCUGGGUUGGAAGGGACCUUAAAGACCAUCUUGCUUUAAACCUGCUGACAAGCGCUGCAACACCUCCCACUAGACCAGGUAGCACAAAGCCCUUCCAACCUGUUCUUGUGUAUUUUCAGGGAUGGGGCAUCUACAGCUUCUCUGGGCAACCUGUUCCAGGGUCUCACUACCUUCACAGUAAAGAAUUUCUUCCUAAUGUUUCACCUAAACCUUCUCUCCUUCAUCUUAAAGCCAUUCUCCCUUCUCCUAUCCCUUUAUGCCCUUGUAAGCAGUCCCUCUCCAGCUCUUUCAGAUCCCCUUUUGAUACUGGAAGGUACUCUGAAGUCUCCACCAAACCCUCUCCAGGCCGGACCACCCCAGCUCUCCCAGUCUGUCUCCCGAGAGGUGCUGCAACUCUCUGAUUGUCUUGGUCUCCUCUGGCCUCGCUCCAGCAGCUCCACGUCGUGCCUGCGCUGCAGCCCCGAGCUGGACGCUGUACUGCCGGAGGGCUGUCGGGAGAGCGGAGCAGAGGAGCAGAGGGCUCCGCGGCCCCGCUGUUGUUACUGUCACCAUUGCAGUACUGCACUCUGCGGGCAGCUCUCCGCGGCCCCGCUGUUGUUACUGUCACCACUGCAGUAUUGCUGUGCUCUGUGGGCAGCUCUCUGCGGCCCAGCACCGUCUCUCCCCGGCCCGACACCGUCUCUCACGUUGCCACGCGCGCCGGCGUACAUCUGACGUCACGGCGCGCCCGCCCAGCGUGACGUCACCGCGAUGGCGGGGGAGGCGGUGGAGCUGCUGGCGGCGGCGCGGGCGGAGCUGCGGGCGCGGCGGCUCUCGGCGGCUGAGGAGCUCUUCAGCCGCUUCAUCGCCCGCAGCCCCGCGGGUGCUCGCAGCGACUUCGCCACGGCGCUCAAUGACCGCGGGCAGGUGCGGUACCUGCGUGUGGAGUUCGCCGCCGCCGUGCAGGACUUCACGGCCGCCAUCGAGUGCCAGCCCGGCUUCGAGGUGCCCUACUACAACCGCGGGCUGGUGCGCUACCGGCUGGGAGACUUUGAUGAGGCUAUGAAAGAUUUCAGGAAAGUAUUAGAGUUAAACCCCCAAUUUGAAGAUGCUGCAUUGAGUCUAAAACAGGCUAUUCUUGACAAAGAAGAAAAAGAGAAGCGGGGUUAUUGAAAAUUCAGGUUGUGAUGUGAUGUGAAAAUAUUCCGCUAAACAUGUGAGUUUAGUCAUUGAUGGAUGAAACACAAGAUCAUUUACCUCUGUUAUGACCUGCUGAAGAACUUCAUUCUUAGGUAAAUAAGUUAAAAAUUGAUUAUGAUUGCAAAGUAACGUGGAUGUGGAUUUUUAUUCUUGAGGGAAGGUGUAAUGUUGAUCUCUGUGAGACGCAUGUACAGAUUUUGUACAGAAAUACUUAGUAAUUUUAUAAUAAAUGUAUUGGCCAGAUUAGUUGAAAAUAAAAAUGAACAUGUACUUUUUAUCUCA